AUGCUGAUGGACUCCGGUCCCGUGCGAAACGAUGGCAGCGAUAAGUUUUUUGGCAUGGAAAAUUAUGGAAACACAUGUUACUGCAACUCUAUUCUACAAUGCCUAUAUUAUUCCGUUCCGUUUCGAGAAUCGGUCGUCAAUUAUCCAAAGCGCACCCCGAUAGAAUCGCUAGAGACGGCUCUUGCGAAGAAUUUGAAGUACCAAAAUCCAGAAGCAUUUUUUGAAGCCGAAGCCGCCGCUGCAAAAGCGAAACAUGGCCCUGGUCCAUCAUCAUCGCGCAACGCAGGCGUUACUCCGACACAGCCACAGAAGCCUGAAGAUAAAGACUCCCCCGAAUACAAGAAGAAAGUGGCAAUUCAGACCCUGCCGCUUCUCGAGACCAAAAAUAAUUCGGCCAGUUAUGGAAUGCCGGAAUCGCUAUUUACCUCGUUGAAAGACCUUUUUGAAUCCAUAGUGGCAAGCCAGUCGAAAAUGGGCGUCAUUCGGCCGCAGCAUUUCCUCGACAUCCUCCGCCGUGAAAACGAGAUGUUCCGUAGCGCGAUGCACCAGGAUGCCCACGAGUUUUUGAACCUUUUGCUGAACGAAGUGGUCACCAACGUAGAAGCCGAAUCAUCAAAGCAACAUGACCCUUUUGCCCUCGAUAAUACCGAUUCUGAGCAGACUGUAACUGUUACAGACUCGUCUACAUAUUCCACGUCUACUCAAGUGGGCGGCUCCACAGGUUCGAAAACGCCAAAUACAAGUCGCUGGGUUCAUGAAUUGUUUGAAGGCACCUUAACUUCAGAAACACAAUGCUUGACUUGCGAAAAUGUGUCCCAACGAGACGAGGUGUUUUUAGAUUUGUCGGUCGAUUUAGAACAGCACUCAUCCGUCACGUCUGGUUUGCGAAAGUUCUCCGCCGAGGAGAUGCUCUGCGAGAAGAAUAAAUUUCAUUGCGAUAAUUGCGGUGGUUUGCAAGAGGCCGAGAAGCGAAUGAAGAUAAAGAGACUACCUAAGAUCCUUGCUCUGCAUUUAAAACGUUUCAAGUACACCGAAGAUUUGCAAAGAUUACAAAAGCUUUUUCACCGCGUUGUCUAUCCGUACCACCUACGCUUAUUCAAUACUACAGACGAUGCCGAAGAUCCGGACCGUCUUUAUGAGCUCUAUGCAAUCGUCGUGCAUAUUGGGGGCGGCCCAUAUCACGGACAUUAUGUAUCCAUUAUUAAGACUGAAGAUCGCGGCUGGUUGUUGUUUGAUGACGAAAUGGUCGAGCCUGUGGACAAGAGCUACGUGCUAAACUUUUUCGGGGAUCGACCGGGACUUGCUUGCGCGUACGUCUUGUUCUAUCAAGAAACUACCCUGGAAGCAGUGCAACGAGAACAAGAACAAGAAGGCCGCAACCCUGUCAAUGGUGUUUCUGAUUUGAGAGAAGGAAAUGAGAAUCCCCUCGACCACAUUCACACAUACCAGGGCCCGCCCGACGAAGAGGAAGCACAUCGUUUUACUCCAUUGAGAACCGUUCCGACUGCACCUCAGAUGUCAACUCAUCCUGAGCAUGCCUUUUCGACAAGUCCCCCGGCUCCAGCUCCCCCGCAGACGCCAGUGUUGGACCCAGCCACAUUCUCGACUUCGAAGAAAAACGAUACACAGUCUCGAAAGGAGAGAGUCAAAGAAGAAAAGGAACGAAAAGCGGCUGAGAAGGAGAAAGAAAAGGCUGAGAAGCAAAGGCGAAAGGAGAUGGAUGCAAAGCGCAGAGAGGACAUCAAACGCGAAGAUGCGGAUCUGAAAGCCGCUCGCGAGCUUAGCAAGAUCUCGAAGGCCGAAGAAGACCGAAAGGCCCAAACAGAAAACGGGGACUCGAAUGGACAACACAAGAUGUUGGCAGGUGGCUUGAAUCGGUUCCGACGAAGUAGCAAGAGCUUGAGUCAGAGAUUUGCGUCACCGAAAGAGAACGGCAAGAGAGCAGCGUCGUCGGAAUUCCCACGCUCGGAUCUUCUGUUUGAGAAUGGCAAUUCUCCGGAUAUGAGACUGCACGAGCAUGUCAUUGAGGAAGACGUUCCUAUAGACACGUCAGCUGCUCUUCCAGAGAUCCCACGAACUGCCACUCAUAUUCCCGAACCUUCUCCUCCCAAAGGUAAAGCGGACAGAGACAAAGGAAACCACAAAUGGAAGGGGUUUGGAAUAAGGAAAAAAUCGAUGAGUCUGCUGGGUUGA